AUGGAGGGAGAGGCCCUCUCAGCCCUGAGUACCCCUGCUCUGGUAGUGGACAUGGACAAAGUGAAGAAAAAUGCUCAGAGGAUGAUUGACCGCUAUCAGAGGAUGGGGGUGCAGCUACGGCCUCACAUGAAGACACACAAAACCCUGUAUGAACACACACACACACAUCUAUAGAAUGAUCCUCAUGUCCAUAAACUUAAGUAAUACUGAUCCAGCUUGUGUUUCUUCACGUGUAGUGAAUGUGCUGACCUUAUGACGGGUGGAUCACAGCGGUGCAUUGUGGUCUCUACACUGGCAGAAGCCUGUUUCUAUGCUGACCAUGGGUUUGACGACAUCCUGUAUGCGUACUGCCUUCCUUUUGAUAAGGUUGUCUGUUUAUUGCACACUAAAAACAUGCUUUUCUUUUCUGCAAACAUUUUUAAUACAGUCAUACUCAAAGAUUGUGAAAAAAAUUGAAGUGAAUGUAAAGCACCUGUGAGGAACUUUUAGUUUUGGACAACUUUGGCGCCCCCUGUGGAGAAACGAGUCCUUGCUUUUAAAUCGAUUUAGUUAUCGUCAGUGGCAUUGAUAGAUUAUUGUUUGCCUUUAAACCAACUGUUUAUCAUUACAACUGAAAACACGUAAUCCAUGUUUAACAUAAAUUUUGAUCAAGUUUUAUCUAGCUUCUACAAGAUCUUAUUUGCUUUUUAAAGUCACCAGUUAAACUAAUUUGCUGUGUGUGUGUGUGUGUGUGUGUGUGUGUGUGUGUGUGUGUGUGUGUGUGUGUGUGUGUGUGUGUGUGUGUGUUCAGGUGGAGCGCUGUGCAGCCCUGUCAGAGAGACUUGAUCUCUUCCAGGUUUUACUUGAUCAUCCUGAUGCUCUGGAGCAGCUCAAACGGAGACCAUUAAAGGACGGCCGGCUGUGGCACAUUUGGCUGAAACUCGACUGUGGUAAUGGGAGAGGUAAACACGCAGAGAAAUGAAUGACAGCUCUUCAUCACCUGCUGAUCUGUGGAAAUAAGGUGCAAAUCUUUUGCUUCUGUUUGUUUGUUCCGAAGCCGGUGUCCUGCACUCAGAGCCUGAGGCGCUUAGAUUGGCUCAGGCCAUCGCUGGGACGGAGGGGGUGGAGCUAACAGGAGUUUAUGCUCACUGUGGGAACACCUACAAUUGCAGGGGGUCAGAGCAAAUCCAGGCUGUCGCUCAAGAAACCACCAACUUCACUCUGCAGUUCAUGGAAAAGUAAGACUUUAAUGCACUAGAAGACCAGUCAUUUUAUACCUAACCUGUCUCUUAGAAUGGUUUAAAACGACAAUUGACAAGACUCACAAGUUUUUUACUGUGAUUUUUAAUGCCUGUAACUGCUGUGAGGGGCAAGCAUGAAGAAAGCACUGAAGAAACAGCCUUUCUUGCAUUUUGAACAACAAAUAUACACAAUUGAUGAAUUUGGCAAUAAAAAGAUUGAGCUUGCUCUGUAUGGCACUAAAAAAAACACAAUGCCAUACACAGAGCAAGAUUAGUUAAGUCAAGAUGUACAAAUCAGCCAGUAGAGGGCACUAAGGUUAACAUAAACCAAGAGUUCCUCACAGGGUACUGAGUCAUCUAAGUAAAUAUGAGAAAAUAGUGAUAUCACUAGAAGAAGAAAGGGUUUUUUUGUAUCCCUCUAUUAUUUGCACCUUUUUCUAAACAAGUUCAAAGAACAUAACUGCUGUUUUGUAAUCUUUCCCUCAAUAUAUGGUUGCUACAAAAAGUGGCCCGCACAUCACUGAAGCUUGCCAAUGACACAGGGUUUUACAAAAUGCUCUUGAAUCAAUACAUUAUCAGAGAGUACUUCACGUUAUCAGGCAUGACAGGUAGAGAGUGAUAACUCUGUCAUAACGAAUAGUGAUUUUAUAGUGAAAAUAAAACAGAAAAUAUUUAAAACUGUUUGGCGAUAGUACUUGGGUGGUCAAAAAUAUACCAGAGCAGACUGCUGCCUAAGAGUCCUCUAUGAGUGGGAGACACUGGACUCUCAGUUUUGAUAGUUUUUGCGAAUUGAGAGACGUACUCAGUAUUUUCAUUUGUACAUUGUUAAAAUAACAAUCAAGAUUUUAUUUAGGAUAUUUAGCACAUCCUUAGUAAUAAACUUUUAAGAAUUUGUGUCAGGUACAGGGAAGGGCUGGGGCACCAUUCAUCAGUUUUGUAGCAGAGGGUAAGAAACUGUUUGUAAGGCAGAAAGUGGAGCGUCUUAAGGAGUCUGCGUCCAGGGUGAGAGGGGUGAGAGGGGUCAGCCACAGUUUUACCUGUAUGGUCCUGGAGGUACACAGGUCCUGUAUAGACAGCAUAUUGAAGCCAAUCACCCUCUCUGUAGAGCGGAUGAUAGCAGUGGCUGUAGCAUGGGAUGGACCCAGUGGUUAGGGUGUAAAAUUGCACCUUCAUUGUUUUUGGCAGGUUCAGUUUCUUCAGCUGCUGCAGGAAGCACAUCCUCCUCUUCUUACAAGCUUUCAUUGGGAGUAAUUAAAGUCAUGAGAUUAUCUUUUUUUUGUGAGGUGUUGCAUUGAUAGAAUUGCUCAGUCAACUCCUUUGGGUUUGUUUCUUGCAGACUAAAGGCUGUUGGGAUCACCUGUAAGUCCAGCAUUGGCUCCACACCUUCUUGCAGUCAUCCUGUCAAAGACAUGGAGCAGCUCAGUGAGGUCCAUCCGGGAAACUACGUCUUCUAUGGUGUGCAUCAUUUUUUCCUUGUCUAAAAGUUAUGUUCUGUACAGAGUCACUGCAGUGAUGGUGUUUCUGAUAUAGAUGUGCAGCAGUCUGUGAUCGGCUCGUGUACUCUGGAGGAUGUGGCUGUGAGAGUCUUGACCAGAGUCAUUGGACACUGUCCUCACAGGAACCAGCUCCUGAUUGACUGUGGAUGGGCAGGAAUCAGGUGCCUUUAUCAACAUUGUUUUCAUAUUUACAAACUUUUUUUUUUUUCACUCGUGUACGCUUAAAUAAUAGCUGGUGAUGCAUUGCCAAGCCAACCCAAUGCCAAAUAAAUGUCAUCAAAUUGAAGCAAAGGAGCUAAAAAGGUUGAACUACCAAUUAUUCAUUUGUCCACAAGGGGACACUCCAGAGCCGUGGAGCUCCACAGAAUAAAUCCAGGUUGGGAAAAGAACUAGAUACUUCCAAGUUAGGCCUUACUUUAACCAGAACCUGAAAGAUGUUUCAGAAAAGGGUGAGUGAAGAGUUCUUUAGAUAUUUCUAUCCUUUCUCAACUUAAAAACAUGCAGCAAAAAUCCUAUCCAGAUUGUUAAAUGACAACCAACAAUAUCAACAAGGAAGCACAGAAUACAUAAAAAACAAGUGGGAACACAUGUGUCAGGUACAGUGGAUUUAAACAAGGCUUCAGGGGAGACUUUGGUUGAAAAACUAUUGUGAGGUUCAGAAACAACAUCGGGGUUGAAGUGAUACUUAUUGGAAACUGUGAAACUAAUGGAGCCAACCACUUCAUAUUUUCUUAAAUGUUCUGCAUUCAGGUCCAUCUAAAAUUUGCUCUUUGAUGGUCAAAGUAUCCCUGGAUUUUCUAGUCGGCCUGUAAACACUUGCAGGGCAUAGAAAAAGAAGUCCUUUGUAGCAGCCCUUAUUCCCUUACACUGCUGGAAAGCCCUGAAAAAAUGACUUCUCCUCCCAAGAGCAAAGUUGCAGUCACCGUAUUUUUUUUUCUUAUUUCACUGAGUCCUGUUUUCUCUCACUUCUCUCAGUCUAGAUGGGGCUGGAAAACUUUCUACUGGAUAUGCAAUGAUUGAAGGACAUCCCAACCUCAAGUAAUCCCAUCUUUCCUCCAGCGUUAAUGGUGAAAUUAAGAGUGACUAAAGCGCUAAUAAAAGAUUUUCCCUUCAGAUUGUUGUCUAUGACUCAGGAGCACGGGAGACUGGAGCCCAUCUCAGGACAGCUGGACUACAGCAAGUAUCCUCUGGGCUCCCUGCUUACGCUGAUCCCGUACCAUGUAUGAACACUUGAAACAUCCUGACAUUGUUAUUGUUACACUGUCUUUUUGUUUAACUCCUCUCUCUGGUCAUUUUACAGGCCUGUGCCACUGCAAUGAUGCACGCUGUGUACCAUGUGCACUCUGAAGGGUGCCUGGUGGGGAAGUGGGUACCAACACGUGGCUGGUGA